GUGGAGCGUAAGCGUGCAGAUGCACAGAAAGCUCGUCAAGAGGCAGCUGCGAGACGAACGCAGGGAAAGCUGCUGGUGGUGGAGGAGAAGCACCGGCUGGCCGAGGAGGCCCGGCGCGUCUCAGAGGAGUGCCGGAAGAAGAGGCUGAGCUUGGGCUCCGAUCCUGGAAAGCCGCAAAGCCCCGGCCUUCGCUGUGAAAACCUUAGAGGUGGACGCAGAAGUGAGGUGUUGGAUGCCAGGCGCCGAGCGGUUCUGGAGCGCGGGCUCACCCGGCGCCGGGCGAAGAGCGCCGAUGCCGCGCAGGAGCGCGAGGCGGAGCAGCGCAAAGCCGAGCAAGAGAAGGAGCGCCUCGAGAAGGAGGAGGCGCCAAUGUCUGCUGCUCUUGCUCCAAAAGAGAGGCCAGGCCCCAGGAGUAUGGCUUUGGCCCUCAGCUCAACAGAGAGCUCUGAUGAGGAAGCGAUGCCGCCUUUGCAUGUUCCACAAGUGCAGAAACGGAUUCCAUCGUCGAGAGAGAGCUCAAGUUCCGAAGACUCCAUGCCACCCCUGAACCAGGGCCAUGAGAAUCAAGACAGGCAGAGUCUGGAGCAUGCACCGGAUGAUGAACCCAGCGAGUCAAGUUCGGAUGAUUCCAUGCCUCCUCUUCAUGCGCAGUUGGAGGAGGCUGAGGACAACAGCACGGACGAAGAGACCAUGCCGCCCCUGCACGGUAUCCUUCGGACGGGACCGGCGGGAGGAUAUGCGGAGAAGUCCGAGGUGAUGCCGCCGCCCGCGGAGAGUGCUGAGAGACUGCAUGUUCCACAAGUGCAGAAACAGAUUCCAUCGUCGAGAGAGAGCUCAAGCUCCGAAGACUCCAUGCCACCCCUGAACCAGGGCCAUGAGAAUCAAGACAGGCAGAGUCUGGAGCAUGCACCGGAUGAUGAACCCAGCGAGUCAAGUUCGGAUGAUUCCAUGCCUCCUCUUCAUGCGCAGUUGGAGGAGGCUGAGGACAACAGCACGGACGAAGAGACCAUGCCGCCCCUGCACGGUGUCCUUCGGACAGGACCGGCGGGAGGAUAUGCGAAGAAGUCCGAGGUGAUGCCGCCGCCUCUUCAUGCGCAGUUGGAGGACCAGGAGUGCGAGGACAACAGCACGGACGAAGAAACUAUGCCGCCCCUGCACGGGGUCCUUCGGACGGGACCGGCGGGAGGAUAUGCGGAGAAAUCCGAGGUGAUGCCGCCGCCCGCGGAGAGUGCUGAGAGACUGCAUGUUCUACAAGUGCAGAAACGGAUUCCAUCGUCGAGAGAGAGCUCAAGUUCCGAAGACUCCAUGCCACCCCUGAACCAGGGCCAUGAGAAUCAGGACAGACAGAGUCUGGAGCAUGCGCCGGAUGAUGAACCCAGCGAUGCAAGUUCCGAUGGUUUUAUGCCUCCUCUUCACACGCAGUUGGAGGACCAGGAGUGCGAGGACAACAGCACGGACGAAGAAACCAUACCGCCCCUGCACGGUGUCCUUCGGACGGGACCCGACGCAGCAGAAGCUGAGACAUCCGAGGCGCCGCCGCCUGUGGAGAGGUCUGAGAGCUCCGACGGCUCGAUGCCUCCGCUCGACACGCGGGAUGACACAAACACAGACGAGGAGGAGGCAGAAGCCCCUUCCUACGACCUGCAUGUCUCGGCUGCAAGAGGUUGCUCAGGCGCCCCGGCCGCACGGGAGGCAGUCGCAGUCGGGUCGCCGGCGGCUGAGAAACAGGAGGUUGAGGAAUCGGCAGCAAAAGAGGAGACGGAAGAGGCCACCGGCGACGCCGAAGCCGAAGAUGCGGGCUCUGAGUCGGGGGACUCGCUGCCACCUCUCGAGUUCCUGAGCCGAGCUGAGCAGGUCGAAGAGGAUCUGAGUAUCGGAGAUUUCGUCCAUUUGGCAAACUUGAAAACACCAGGUCUCAAUGGCCAACAAGGCUAUGUGGUUGGCUUCUCCUCCAAGGAGCCGAGCGAGAGCGAGCGGAGCGAGCGGAGCGAGCGGAGAGUGGAGAUCAAGAUGGUCUCUGGCGGCAAGACCUUGUCCGUCAAGCUCUCCAACGUCCUGCGCUGCGCUCCGAUUGCCAAGAAGCAGAAACCAAAGCAAAGCCUUCAGAAAGGCGAUGAGGUCAUCGUAAAAGGCUUGACACGAUCCGUGGAGUUCAAUGGCCAGAGGGCCUUGGUCAUCGAUGCCCAGGACGUACGUGUCACCGUGGAGUUGCGCUCUGGCCAACACCUCUCCCUUCGACGCGACAAGCUCAAGCCUGUCGACAGCGGCUCGGAGGCGGAAGAUUCCGAUGCUGAUCCCAGGCGUGGAGACAAGACCAUUCCAGCUCUCAAAUCUCUCCGGCAGAAGAAAGAAGAGACUGAGGAGCCCUUGUGCAAGUUCCGGGUUGGGCAGAAGGUCUACCUUCACCUUAAGAACAAGCCUGAGUUUCACGGCCAAGCUGUGUUCGUCCUUCCCUCCGAUCCCCUCCGAGUGGAUCCGGGUAUGGUCACCGUGCAGCUGGCGACUGGGAAGCGUAUCAUCACCAAGGCCACCCACCUGAGACCCGAGCCUCCCGCUAUAGCCCGCAAGGCAGAGCGCCGUCGCCUUCGCCUGGAGCAGCAAAAGCGCCGAGCCGAGGAGUCCAGGCAGCGGAUCCAGGAGGCCGGAGGAGCUUGGCACGCUGUCUUGGGCCUCACGGCAACGGCCACACUUCAGGAAGUGAAGCAAGCCUUCAGGGACUUGGCCCUGCUCCAUCAUCCGGACAAGGGCUUCCAGAGCUGCGAUGACACGUUCCGUGCCGUGCGGCUGGCAUAUCAGCAGGCGAUCACCAACUUCCAGGAGAAGGCCAAGGCUGCGGGAAGCUGA